AUGCCUCCAAGAUCAUCUCCAAAACAGUUUGGUGACAAAGAAAAAGUGUUUGCCAAGAUGCCAGGAUACCCCUGGUGGCCAGCCUUUGUCACUCCAGACGAAUACAUUCCAAAACAUGUUCAAAGGGCCAAAAAGAAAUCAACUCCAUAUUGUGUGAUAUUCAUACCAGACGGGGACUUUUAUUGGUGUACAGAUAAGAAUUUAAAAGAGUACAAGCCGGGAAACAAUGUCAAGGAUUUGAGUAAGCUAGAUGCAAAAGCUAUUUCCAAGUUGAGAGAUGUCAAAUUUUUGAAGAAAAGAUUGACUACGGUUCCAAAGAAACCAGCGACUUUCCCGGAAGCAAUAGCUGCAUCAGAAAAAUUAGCCUUUGGUGAUUUUAUAACCAUAUUCCAAGAGGAUGGUGACGAUGAGGAGGAGCAAGAGAAGCAAGAGGAGGAGGAGGAGGAAGAAGAAGAAGAAGAAGAAAAAGAAAAAGAGGAAGAAGCGGAGGAGGAGCAAGAUGAACCAGAUGAGCCAGUCAAGAAAUCGGCUCCGCUGAAGAGCCGAAAUAGGUCUGAGGCGAAAGUGAGAAGAUCUAGCCGCACGCGUGAUAUCGAGGAUGAGGCAGAGGAUGGCGAUGUUGAAGAUCAAUAUCAAGAGGAAAUCCCCAAAAAUAGAAAGAAACGUGGCUCUGUAACUCAAGCUACGACAAACGGCAAGAAAAGAAAAUUGUCAGAUGCGAAAGAACUAGUGGAGCCAUCAGAAACAAAGCCAACCAAGACACAGAAGUUGGAAAACUCUAGCGACGAGGAUACUGCCAAUGCUGCUGGUGCAGCAGCCGCCUCAAUCAAAUCAGGUAAAGCUCCCGUCAAUGACGAGGAAAGACAACACCAAUUGUACUUGUGUCGAAUCAAGUUGCAAAGAACGUUGAUACAGAGAGAUCUACAAAAAUCGCCGCCUUCAGCUGACGAGCUUCUGCUUGUUCGUUUGAUUUUGUAUCGAUUGCUUAAUUUCGCAGUUGAUAAGGAACUGUUGAAAAAAACCAAAUUAUACAAGGUUAUGAAAUACAUCAUCAAGAAUCGCGAUUUGGAGUAUCCGGAUAGUUUCAAAUUGCAUGAACUUUGUAAUGAGAUUUUGGAAAAAUGGGAUCCAUAUAUUCAGCAAAUUUUGUAUGAGAAGGAACAAUCGAACAAAAAUACAAACUCAAAUUCAAGAUUGUUGUCGGUGAAGAAUGGAGGAUCGGGGUUUAAUGAUGAUUCCGAGGUUAGUGGUAUUGAGCAAAGUUUGCCAGAGAUUGAGCAGUCGAAAGACGAGGAAUCUGAAUCGACUGAGAAAAAGGUGAACGAAAGUGAAAAAGUUGACACAAGUCAUGAAAAUGGCGCCAAUGGAGCUGAAACCAAGACAGAGGAGUCGACUUUAAAAGAGCCACAUAUAGGGACCACCCAAUCUUUGCAAGACAAUAACAAGGAAGAGGUCAGAGAGAGUGAAGGUACGGUUGUUGAUGCCAUCAAAAGCGAGUCUAAAGAUGAUGGUGCUGCAAAUGAAAGUCAAGGUGAAAGCGUUGUGACUAAAGAUACGACUGAACCUGGUGAUGGUGACUCGAUAAAGGAAUCGCAAACCGGCUCCAACGAAAUUGAUCCAGCUACAGCAGCCGUCAAUGCGAUUAUCAAUUCGUAG